AUCGAAAAAUUAUCCGCGAUAUUUCCCUGUGCUGCGCCGUAAAAUCAAAGCUAGCCCUACUCUCCCGAUUCUCCUCCUUCCCCUUCUCAGCCCUCCCGAGUUCCGUCUCUCCCACCCCCUUUCUCAGAAACCCUAACCCUAAUCCCCAAACCCAAACCCUAGAACCCCAAAACCCUAGUCCAAUGUCGUCAUCCAAUCCCCCAAACCUCGAAUGCCGCAUGUACGAGUCCAAGUACCCGGAGGUUGACAUGGCCGUCAUGAUCCAAGUCAAGAACAUCGCCGACAUGGGCGCCUACGUCUCCCUCCUCGAGUACAACAACAUCGAGGGCAUGAUCCUCUUCUCCGAGCUCUCCCGCCGCCGAAUCCGCAGCGUCAGCAGCCUCAUCAAGGUCGGCCGCCAGGAGCCCGUCAUGGUUCUCCGUGUGGACAAGGAGAAGGGGUACAUCGAUCUCUCGAAGCGUCGGGUGUCUGAAGAGGACAUACAAGCUUGUGAAGAGAGGUAUAAUAAGAGCAAGCUUGUUCAUUCUAUUAUGAGGCAUGUUGCUGAGACGAUGGGGUUGGAUCUUGAGGAUCUCUAUGUUCAUGUCGGGUGGCCGCUUUAUCGGAAGUACGGGCAUGCGUUCGAGGCCUUUAAGGUAAUUGUGACGGAUCCGGACACAGUUCUUGAUUGCUUGACGAGGGAGGUGAAGGAGGUGGGGCCCAAUGGGGAGGAGGUGACUAAGGUGGUAACAGCGAUGACACCAGAGGUGAAGGAGGCACUGGUGAAGAAUAUCAGGAGGAGGAUGACGCCACAACCGUUGAAAAUUAGGGCCGAUAUCGAGAUGAAGUGCUUUCAGUUUGAUGGGGUUUUGCAUAUUAAGGAGGCAAUGAAGAAAGCUGAGGCAGCUGGGAAUGCUGAUUGCCCAGUGAAGAUAAAGUUGGUCGCGCCGCCUCUUUAUGUUCUUACCACGCAAACUCUUGACAAGGAACAAGGGAUAACAGUUCUCACUAAUGCUAUCAAGGCUUGCACUGAAGCUAUAGAUUUGCACAAGGGGAAACUACUUGUGAAGGAGGCACCUAGAGCGGUGAGUGAACGAGAUGAUAAGCUCCUUGCGGAGCACAUGGCCAAACUAACAUCUGCAAACGAGGAAGUUGAUGGCGAUGAAGGUUCUGAAGAGGAGGAAGAUACAGGAAUGGGUGAAGCGGAUCUUGACACUAACGGUGUUGGUAUAGCCGAUUAAAGUUCUAAAAGAGAGAAUUUCUAAUGAAUUGAUGAGCUUCAGCAAAUGUUGCUAAUGGUCAAGAUCAGGUGUCUAUAACCCAGUAGAAUCUGAGUAUUGGGUUGUGUUACCCUUAGCUUGGCUGUCCAGUUGUUAGCAUGACACUUUUUAAUCCUAGAGUACAGUUUUGUACUUCUACUUGAGAUCUGGUUUUGGUUACUCAAUGUUGUGGUUUUGAACUACUGCAGUUGUAUACUACUAUGGAAAUUUAACACCAGACUAUUGUGUAUUUCCGGAAAAAGCAUUUCUAUUUUUAGCAGUUUAUAUGCAGUGGAGGUCUAAGCUUUCUCA